AUGGCCGCCGCGUGCGUCGUCUUCUUCCUUGCUGCGGUUCUAGCAGCGGCUGCCGGUGGUGAAGCGGCGAUCGUCGAGCACACGUUCGUAGUGAGCCAGAUGAAACUGGAUCAGCUGUGCAACGACACGCUCGUCACUGUGGUGAACGGGCAACUCCCCGGCCCAACGAUCGAGGUCACAGAAGGGGACUCGGUGGUUGUUCAUGUCGUCAACAAGUCGCCGAAUGGAGUAACAAUUCAUUGGCAUGGAGUGAAGCAACAACUGAACUGCUGGGCCGAUGGACCAGCGAUGAUAACACAGUGCCCCAUCCAGCCGAAUAAGAAUUUCACCUAUCGAUUCAACGUCACCGGUCAGGAAGGCACGUUGUGGUGGCAUGCUCACGUCAGCUGCCUCCGUGCAACAGUUCAUGGCGCCUUAAUCAUCCGUCCGAGAUCGGGUCCCGGUUCUUACCCGUUUCCGAAACCUGACAAGGAAAUACCCCUUGUCUUAGGAGAAUGGUGGGAUACAGAUCUUCUUGAGUUGGAAAGGAAACUCGCGAAUGGUGAAAUGAAGGAAGUGCCCACUUCAUCUACAAUCAAUGGCAAGCUUGGGGCCUUCAAUAACUGCUCCGGGGUCAUCGAAGAUGACUAUAUUCUUAAUGUAGAGCACGGCAAGACAUAUCUUUUACGGAUAGUGAAUGCCGCGCUCCAUGCGGAGUUCUACUUAAAGAUCGCUGGGCAUAUCUUCACGGUGGUCGCCGCCGAUGCAAACUAUGUGAAACCUUACACCACGGAUCUAAUCGCGAUCUCGCCUGGUGAGACGGUUGACGUAUUAGUCGUUGCUGACGCACCUCCUGGCAAGUACUACAUGGUCGCCAUGACAGUCCCGUCACAAUGGAUAGUGGAAGAGCCAUUAUUGAACACGCUUGUCAUCUCAAGAGGGAUCAUACACUAUAAUAAUACGAGCAAGGGAUCUGAGAAUACUCCGGCAUUGUCCCCUGAACUGCCCGUUGAUGAUAUGGGGAAUAUAUCCUUCUACUUCCAUGGCAACUUGACUAGCCUCCUUAUGCCUUCGGUGCCAACAAGCAUUGACGAGCGAAUAUUCAUCGAUGUUGACCAGGGGUACAUCUGCAAAGAAGGCGAAUCACCCUGCCGUACCGCUGUGACCCGUAUGAACAACAUCUCGUUCCAACUGCCCACGUCGGUGCCAUUGCUCCAAGCACACUACUACAACAAUAUUAGUACGUCCAUAAGCAUGGUGCGAGAAUUUCCAAGCAGUCCACCCAACAUAGAGUUCAACAGAGGCAACACAAUGAAGGCCACGUCAAUGAGGAGGGUGCGUUACAACACCACGUUGGAGAUUGUUUUCCAGGGGCCACCGGGAGAGACCAGCUACCUAAACCCUAUGCACCUCCAUGGGCACGACUUCUUCAUUCUCGCGCAGGGGAUUGGCGAAUAUGACCCAAACAAGGAUGUGCAUACAUACAAUUUGGUGGAUCCACCCGUCAGGAACGUGGCCCUAGUCCCAAGGUUUGGUUGGACAGCAAUCCGAUUCGUAGCAAGAAAUCCAGGGGUGUGGUUCUUGCACUGCCAUCUUGAGAAGCAUGUACCCUCUGGCAUGGCGACGGUAUUCGUGGUGGAGGACGGGCCGACAUUGGACACAACUCUCCCACCGCCUCCAAUAGAUUAUCCAACAUGUGAUGGCCAGAGCAAUAAAGUGUCAUAUGAAUAA